AUGCCCACGUACAUCUGGCCACUGUACAGUCCAAAAGACAUCUGCCGAAGCCGUCAGAUACAGUGUGCCGGCGCGUGGCGAGUGGCCGACGUACGCGCCGUCGCCUCCUUCCAGAUCCGCGGCGAGCCGCCAAUGAGGAAAACAAAAAAAAGGAUGGAAUUGAAAUUUGAUGCACCGCGGAAAAGCGAGUUACUUGCCCUGAGCAAAUAUAACGUUAAUGGUAAGGAUAAAGCAAUUACACUUAUGCUAGAAAGGGAUAUUAAGAUCGCCAAGUCCAUGGCAAAUGACAUAAUCAUCCCAGACCCUGCUCCCAAGUGGGUGGGUGAUGCCUUCUUGGACAUAUAUGCCAAAUUGGAGCACAUCCUUGUAAAGGAUAGUGUCCGGUGCUUCCUCCGAUUUUUCGAGAACUGUGAAGGCCAGGGCAUGUCAUCUUAUCUUACCAUCACCGCACAAACCUUAACCUUCAUUGUCAGUUUCAAUGCCCUGCGAUGUGCAAAAGUCGUAUUGGAGGGCAUGGCACCUGAGCUCUAUGGGAUGCACGCCAAUCCCAACUGCAUAAACAAAUAUGGAUACUUCAUGCUCCAUGAAGCUGCUGAAAGGUUCUCUGUUGACAUGAUCAAGCUGCUUUUACGCCAUGGUGCAUCAGCCAAUGUGCGCACAGUUGGCAAUGAUGUCAUUGAGAAUCUACUCCCGCUCCAUGUCGCAGUUGAGAAUACUUGUCUGCAUAAGUAUCUAGAGGACAAUCUGGAGUACAAUCUUUCUCGCAGCCAGAAUCAUCUGGAUUAUGUCUACAAGCUUAUUCAUCUACUGUGUCUACCUGAAAUGAAGAUCUUCUCGGACACAACUAGACUGCUUGUAGAGAAAACAAAUAAUGUACUUCAAGAGCUCUGCAAUUACAUUGAGGAUGGAAAAAUCAUCCAGUCUACUGUUCUACUACUGGCUGCUCAAGAAUCCAGAUUAUUAGAACGAAGUUGA